CGGUGGGGCGCCCGCAGGACCCAGGGCGAGGGCGACAACCGCGCGGGUGACUGGUCGGUGGCCAGGCGGUGCGGGGCCUGUGGGCGACCCUGGCCAUCGUUGGGAGCUGGCCCGGCGCUGAGACUGCCCAAUCUGUCAGACUGCGGAUCGCCGGCAGACCCUGGGUCUGUUAGGCUGCCUGAUUCAGUCCCACAUUCCACUCCCUAGAAGAUGGAUGUGGAGAGGAGAGCGGGCCGGGGGAGAGCUGGUGCAAAGCUGGGUGACCACAGGUGAACAGGUCUUUGGGAUGACCAAAGGAACAGAAGCUCUCGCCUUGCCAAGGACAUGUCCUGCUUUGCCUACUCUGACGUCCCCAUCACCUCACUCCUGAACCGCCUGGCCAAGGGCUUCUCCUGCUCCCGGCAGCCGCUGCUGCUGCUUCUGCACAUGGGGCUCCCACACGCACAGCCAGCACCUGCCAGGCUGGUCAACUCCUCUUGCUCCUUGGAGACGACGCUGCAAUGCAGCUGCUCCUUCCACGGGAUCCCCACGCCCUCCGUGCAGUGGUGGCUGAGAGGCGCCCCCGUGGGUGUGAGCGGCACAGACAGAGGCCCCCAAGUGACUUCCAGCAUGCUGGGCCCCUGGGCUAACAGCACCAUCAGCCUGCGCGAGGAGCCGGAAACAGGCACGAGCCUUGUUUGUGAGGGGAAGAACACAAAUGGGAUCCAUGCUCUGAGCAUCCUGCUGAUGUCAGGAAAGAGCCGUUUGGCUCCGCAGGUCUUCCUGAAGGGGCUGCUCCAGGGUGUUGUCUACGGAAGCCUCGCAGUUACACUGCUCUUCCUCUGCCUCCUCCCGGUCAUGAAAAGCAAGAUAAACCGGAGCCGCUUAAGCCAUGGAAACUCCAUCAUGCCUGGAGUCCUCAUUAGCCCCAGAAUCACAAAAGCCCACAAAACUCGGAGAGCUCUCAGGAACCCUGGGGUUUGCAAUGAACCUGGAGCCCCCAGAGGCCCCUCAGCUCAGAAAGUCCUCUCCACCCCAAGCUGCUCCUUACACUUGUUCCCCAUUGACAACGCUCCAUCUUGGACUUGCUCCUACGGCCUGCCAAGGCAAACCUACCAUGUGUUGUUUGAAUCGGCCAGAAGAAAUAUGUCCCACCCUUGCAUGGCAUUAAAAGAAGGGAAAAUACAGAUGAGCCUAUGAAACAGGCCCAGGGAGAAGUAACUUUUUAUGCCCCUCCUGUGUGUGCCCAGUUCCUAAGAUUCACACCCGAGAGCACCACGCCUUGAAGCCAUCUCAUUGUGCUGAAUGCCAACUUCAACGCUUAGUGUCCGUAUGCCUUUGGAGCAGGCAAAAGGUGGAGAAAGUUUUCAAGAUGAGGCGCUGCAGUGUGAUCUUGCUGGAGCUUAGAAUGUCCUGCUUCACAAGAGCAGAGACCCUCCCUCGCCCUGUCUUGUUUUCUGCUUGAUCACGAACACCUAGAGUGGUGCUAAAAUGUAGAACAAGUUCUCUCAAAUGUCUGUCAGAGAAUUGAGUGAACGAAUAAGUUUUAAUCUGCUGAAAGUUUUGAAGCAAAGCGAUCAGCUAUGUAGAGAAAGAGAAUUAAAGAUGCACUUAGAAGAAGUAAAGAGCCUAGUUAAGAGGUUAUUG